GUGAUUCGGAACAGCAUGCCAAUCAACGAACCCGAAGUGAAGCGACAAGACUUGGACCACGUGUUCCUCCGUUUCGGUCGAAGCCAGCAAUAAGGUCGAAUAAGGUCAACUAGAGAGAUCAAGGCAAUGGCUGCAACGCCUUGGCUGCAACAUCGAGCAAGAACUCUAAAAAAAAAAAUCUAAAAAUAUGUUUUAAAAAUGACUAGACGUGUAACUGUGUCAUCUGUUUCGACUCGAAUGUUCGAAGCUUAGUCGAUGGUUCUUUUCUCGAGUUUUCUUGUUAUUUAUUUAUUUUGUUAGUAUCCCUUCCCUUAAAGAUAUAUACAUAUGUUUGCUUGUUUGUUUUCUGUUUAGCUUAUUGUGUUGUGUCUUUCCCUCUUGUUUUUUUAAGUAAAAUAUAUCAUUUAUUCACCUAGAGUUUAAAAAAAAGAAACAUCUGACAGAGUUACAUUUUCUCCGUAUUUUGAAACCAUAAUCCUAUGUCAAUAAAAAUGAAUAUAAAGAAA